CGUCGCGGCCAGUCGACGCUCGACGACCGAACAGUCGAGUCCCGGGCGUUACACAUAUUACGUGAUACGUUGUCAAUUGCGAGACCAAAGCUACGUCGUUCUUGUCAUCGUCCUCCGAUCCUCAGAGAAGCUCGUUCUCCUGGACGCUCAUCUCGUCUCACGAGACGCGGUCUUGUCUCUUCUCGCGUGACGCGACUGCGAUAGCGAGUCGAUCGAGGAAACAAGGUCAUUCACGUGACUCCUUUAUCAAACGUUUUGUCAAUUUGCAAUGUCAUUGAUGGUUAUUAUAAAAAGGUUCAAAUAUGAAAUCUAAAUCUUGAGAAUCGUGAUUAAACAACUUCCGGAAUUUAAUGAAAGAUUUAUGUUACUGUAAAUUUCACUCGUUUGCCCGCAAAAUUUCGUUUUCCAUCACGAGAGAAAGCGAUAAUCAUGAUGAUUACAGAUUUAUUUUCUCCCGCUUCUCUCGCGCUGUUCAUUUCACGCCUUUAAAUCCGUGUGAGGUUCGAUUCAAUAUGAGAAACAUAUCGAUACAUGUUUCAGAUGUAUGUGCCUCGUUAAAUCAUCACAGAGUGAGGAAAGAGCGCGUAGAGCAAAAAUUCCACGGCGUAUUUCACGUGGGACCUCCCGGCGAGCAAUCCCAUGAUAACGGUGGCGUUUCGUACGCCGGCGUAGCACGUGCGCGCGGUAUCUCGACCAAUAGCGGAGGGUCUGCAACAGAGUGGACGUCUAUUUUGGCAGCGCAGUCGGCAGUAUAAUCUUUAGCAUCCUUGCGCCGCAGUCGGUGUAUCGGCGCGUCGUUCGCGCAAGAUGAACGGACCGAGAGGAAGCGUCGGGGUGUGAGAGGCCAGGGGAGGCACCGGAUUGGUGGCGCUACAGGACGAGGAAGGAAGGCGACGAUCGCGGCGGCAACGGCGCAGGCGCAGCGGUGGGGCGAAAUCGGCGGCUACGUUGAAAAGGACUGGCCACCAAAUGCGCGUACCGCAAAUCUUGUUUCAUGUUCAUGUUCUGGAGCAAACAGACGGUGCUCACUAGACGUCUGCUGAAGAAGGCCAAGGUCCGUGGGGAGCAUGAAACCGAGUGUGAAGCUCAAGAGGAUUCAUCGUCACGUACGUUUCAUCGCACGAGCAGCGGCAACAGCACAAGCGGCGUCACUGGCUACGACAGCACGGCCAGUAACAACAACAACAAUAAUAACAAUAACAACAACAUCAGCACGACGACGACGGGCCGGCAAGUGAGCAGAGGAGCGGGGUUGUCGGCAAGUGGCGCGGCGCGAGGUGGAGCGGUGGGAUACGGUAAUCGUAUCAUGACGGUGUCCAGCAGGUUGCACAAAGGCUGCUGCGGCGGGGACGUGAGUCAGGAUGACGACGAGCAACAGCAACAAGAUCCGGCCCGGGUGUUGAGGUGCAAGGAGCUCCUGAAGACGCUCAAGGAGAAUCAACUGGAGAUGCUGCUGACCGCCGUCGAGAGCUGCGGCGCCGAACUCGGCUCGUGCGUGCUCGUGCCGCGUCAAUCGGCACGCCGACCGGCCGACGAUCAUCAUCUGUACGAUCAGCAACAGCAUGCUGGUAACAGCGGCGGCGGCGGUAGGCCGCAUCGUCAUCAUCCCCGUCACUUCCAUCAUCACCGCUACCGUCAUUAUCGCCACCACCGCUCCGGCAGGCAUCACCGCUCGUCCUCCGUCGAGGACGAGCAGGAGAGCUGCUGCUCCGCGUCGGAGGAUUCUUCCGCGUCGUCCGCGUCGUCGCCGAUGCGCUCGCCGUCAGACAGACCGUGCUGCGCGGGAAACGCCGUCGUUUCAUCAGCGGUGAGAGGACCGGCCGAGAGCGGCGUCGGCGCGCCGUGCGACCCGCACCUGCUCUGCUGUCAGAUCUGGCGGUGGCCGGAUCUCGAGCACUCCUCGGAGCUCAAGAGACUCCCUAUUUGUCAUUCCGCUAAAGACCCCGUAUACAUAUGCUGCAACCCGUAUCACUGGAGUCGGCUCUGCAAACCCGAGUCGCCGCCACCCCCGUACUGCCUUAUCGCCGACAGACUGAGACCCGAAGAUCGCGCGCCCAGCGAAGGGGAUCAACGUCGUUGCAAGAACAGCACGCCCAUGCCACUUCCCGGCUCGCUUACCACCAACGGAGAAGGUGAGACGGGACAGAGGGAAUGGUGUACGUUGGCGUACUGGGAACUCGGCGGCCGAGUGGGUCGUCUGUAUCCCGUGGAGCCGUCGACGGUGAACGUCUUCGAUUCCCUCCACGACGGCGACGGCCUCUGCCUGGCGACGCUGGCCGAAAACCAUAACGCACCGCCCGCGGUCCAGCGUACGCGCAGCAAAAUCGGUCUCGGGCUAACGCUCAGUCAGGAGGCGGACGGUGUAUGGGCGUACAACCGGUCGGAGAAUCCGAUCUUCGUGAACUCGCCCACCUUGGACGACCCGGAAUCGAGGACGCUGCUGGUGUACCGGGUGUCUCCGGGUUUCUGUCUCAACAUCUUCGACCGCAGUAAGAUCGCCAAGAUGCAGCUUCCAUACGGCGGCAGUGGCGGUGGCGGCCAGGCCGCGGGCUUCGUCGCUUCCGGCCCCGUCGACAUCAACUCCGUCCGCAUCAGCUUCGUCAAGGGCUGGGGACCCAAGUACUCGAGGCAGGAGGUCACCUCCUGUCCCUGUUGGCUCGAGGUACUUCUGGCGCCGUGCAGGUGAUCGACCCUCGCGGCUGGCCAAGCCGAUGAUGAGUACCUCGUCAAGCCUCGUCCUCGACUACGCGCCUCUUCCUCCCCUUAUCGUUGUUUUCGCCGUCGUCGUCGUCGCCACUGCUCUACGGCGGAGGAUCGGCGAUAAUGAUGCGGCGACCGUGGCCUUUAGCUCCGUCCUAGCGAGAGCUGUGUUAACGAGGGAAAGAAAAAAAAUAAUGCGAAAUAAAACGAUAACGAUUAAUGAUAAUGAUAGUAAGAACGCGUGCCGGGGGUGACCGCCCGGCGACGCGCGUGCCGGGUUGGGUCGCCCCAACAACCCCAGCAGUCUUACCAAAGUACACGCCGUUAAGGAUUUUAUACGCGUCUGCGAACGAUUAGGUCGCGUUCCGUCGUUCUCUCGUCGGCGACGGGAAACGAAGAUGAGAGAUCAUGGAGAAGCGAAUGGAGAGAAAUCGCUUGCGAGCGUGGUCCAUCGAACGCGAUACGAACGGAGGAACUCGCUGACGAAGUGGUACCCUGGGACUCUUCUCGCGCGUUCGUUUCGGGCUUUAGCUUCUUUUUAUGUUUUUUUCAUUUUUUGCUAUUUUUUGGUUUCUUCUCAAUCGCCGAGACGUCGACGUUACUCGAACCUUGCCUGAGGAUUUCCAAGCGGGAAGCAGCGAGGGAAAGGGAAAGGGAGAGGGAGUCGGGCUUCCGGUAGGUCUAGUCACUCGCGUUCAAUUUGCAAUCUGACUUCGCGGAUUCGCGCGCGCGAAUUUCAAAUCUCAGUAUGGCAGGGAGAAUUCUUGUAAAUCUUAUAAAUCUGAGAGACGCGAAGCGAGAGAGUAACGUCGACGAGGCGGGAGAGGAGGGAUUAGUUUAUGAUCGCGGAGGAAAUUUUCGGAAUGGAUCGCCUUUAUUUCCGUUCAAGGAAUAGCAGGAUUUUACAUCGGCAUCUAAUAGCGGAAAAUCCGUUCAGACAGCAGAUACGUGAAUACGUCUAUCAUAAAAGAUUAAUUAAAGAGGCGUUCUGCUUUCUUUAAUUCUCGAUAAAGAAUAAAAUUAUCCUGGACUUUUCCGCGUAUUCAACCUUACAUCCCGUGGAACUUGCGUUGAAACUGCCAAGAGAGGAAGAGACGAAGCAGGGGACAGUUUAUCCAAUUUACGUCCGCGCAUACAUAAAGCUCGUAAACGGAACUUCAUGAAAGACGAAGUUUUAUGCGCAUUUAAAUGGACUUUGCAUUCGAGCAAGUGCGUCUGCAGUCCACCUAAUGCGUAGCCUGCAAUGGAGAAGCGCGCUACGUCGUUCCAUCAGCAACGAGAAUGUUUUCUUAUAUAUAUAUACUCAUUUAAAACAAUUAAAUCUCUCAUUGAAUUUAUUAAUAGAACCGUUUCUCGUCAAGUUUAUCGAGCCGAUUAGGCUCUUCAUUAAUUUUAAUAAUUCAGAAGACGCUUUCUCUCCGGCUGGUAACACGAGUUCCACGGCGAGUCGUAAACGUCACGGGACAACGUACUGCAUCUCGGAUAGUCGUCGCGCGAUCGAUCGGUUCGCUGAAAGCGAACGUGCCACGAGUCCCCGGGUCGCGUUAUCUCCGGUCGUCGUUCGGUGUUGUACAUAUACGUGUGUAAGUAAUAUACGUGUACAUACACUGUGCCUUCCCAGCUUCUCAGCUCCGCGAUGUGUGCGGUGCACAUUACUUUCUUUCUCUCUCUCUCUCUCUCUCUCUUGCUCUCUUUCUUUUUCCUUCUCUCUUUCUCCGGGGAGAGAGAGUAAAAGUGCGCGCCAAAAUCACGUGCCAAGCUCGUCUCGUCUCGCGCAAAAGAUAACUUCACGCCCGUGCCCUCCCUCACCCCUCGCUUUAUACAAUAAGCUUUGUACUACAGUAAUACGAUGUACUGUGAUAAGAGACGCCGGACGCAGGUAUUUUUUUCUUCCUUUUUUUACGAGUGUCGUUGCGAAGCGGGCGAGACGAGAGCGAAUGAGAAUGAGAAAACAGGAGAGAGAGAGAGAGAGAGAGAGAGAGAGAGAGAAAGAGAGAGACAGAAUAAUAUAAUAUAAAACUCGUUUGCGUGUAAUUAUUGACGAAGGAAAUUCUGUACAUCGGUUUCUCGAUUAAUCGUCCCGCUAGUCGUCGAUCUCGAUCUCGAGAUAAUGAAGAAUUCUGCUUUUUUUCGAACUCCCCUAUUCCUUUUUCUUUUUUUUGGAGUGUACGAGCGCUCCGGUUUCCGAUGUGCGGGAAUUUUCCACGCGAGACGUAACGUGCGUAUACGUGGCAUUUUUUUUACAUACAUACUCUGUACAUAAAAUCAACAAUUUGAGAAGAAGGAGCCGAAAGGAGAAAGAGAGAGAGAGAAAGAGCGUACAUUUUUCGUACGUGCGUGCGUGCGUGCACGGUGUUCAGAGUGCGACGCGCGUUCAAGGAGUACAUAUACUACAAUGUAACAUGUACCAGUCAUACGUAUUCAUCCAUGCGCGUACACACACACACACUCACGCGCGCAAAUCGACUGAUCGAAAAUCCGUAGGAGGGAUCGCGCGCGUUUCGGCCACUAGUUCUACUUUCGUAUCACCGCUUUUACUCGGCGUAAAAGUGGCCGUUACUGCGAUUGAUUUUCCCGAUCCGCGGAUACCGGAUCGAGAGCUACGAUACAUACAUUGUGAUGUGUAUACGCCGCUUCGACGUUAUAUAUAAUUAAUAUAGUAUACACCGAGACGUAUAUGCAAGAAUAACACAUUCAUGGGUAGCUAGGCUGUGUCUGCUGUGCGUGUGAGAGAGAGAGAGCCGCCGGGUUGGAUCAUCGGCGAAAAUAAUUGUAACGACGACGAUAGGAGGGAUCUCCCAGCCGACAGAUCGCUCGCGCUUUCGGCGACUCCGACUCGCUCCUCGCGGUCCCUUCUUCACUGCCCCGCCUCCCCGAACACGUUGUCGCGCUCGUCGUCCGUUUAUCCGCCCCUUUUGCCCCUUUUCCAAUUAAGAGACCGAGAGGUCCCUUAUAGAGCAUCGCUCGUGCACUGCCGUGGAACGCUCAAGCUUAAAACGGCACCGCGCGCGUUGUCCGCAAAAUGAUGAGUUCGUCCGUUUGUCUAAUGAUGAUUGAUGAGACGCACGUUGACCGGGAAAAUCCAAGAUCGAGAAUGACCUAAGCAAUCCUGCUCACGAGAUACAGAUGCUCAUCAACGAUGUUCGCACGUUUUUUUUCAUUUUUCAUUCAUAUUUCUUUAGGUAAUUUAUCGAAAGAGAUACUCUGGUACCUUAACACUGGAUUUAUGGAUGUUACCUGUAUAUUUAAUAUUACUGAAACGCGUUUCAUAUUGACGGGUACAUUAAAAUUCGAUUUUCGAUUUUCAGUUUUCGGUUUCUCGUUGAUGAAAAAUAAUAAUUGUGAUUUCUGUAUUUUUAAGCAUGAAUUCUCAGUCAGUCAACUUGACGGGUACCGUAAAUCUAGUGUUACCUCGUGAAAUUUUGCGAUAAUUUUAUAAAAGAAUCUUUGUAAUUGUAAGAAAAGUAGUUUGCAAAUAAACAGCAAAAUAAUAAUUCCCAACAUUUUUGAGAAACGAGGGGCAUAAUGUUUAAAAAUUUCCUUUCGAUAAUAAUACAAUAGACGUAAACUUUUUUUUAUUUUUUAUAUUGCGAUUCGAUUAAUCGUCGCACAUACGCUGAUAUGCGUACGCGCAAUGUGCACAAUUGUGCGUUAAUCGUACGGAUAUUUGUAUCUCUUUGUGCUUUCUAUAUCACAUGUAUAUAUAUGUAUAUCGUGCUUAAACAUGCCAAAAAGCGAUCGUGCGUGGCCGUUGCGCGUUACGACCAAAAAGAUGCUCACGGAGGCGUACUAAAAUUAAUGGCAGGACUGUCCUACGACAUAAAUAUCGCUACGGGAACGUCGAGGCUUCUCCCCUGCGACAUGCCCGUCGCAAUAAAUGCAAGAACGAUUUCUCCUUCGUUUCAGGAAUUUGCAAAACAGACGAUAGAGGUAGCAUCUCAAGUAUGCGAACGAGCCCCAAGGGAAAGGGGGAGAAAGGGCGGAUCGGCGCUCACGAAGCGCAGAAAAUACGAUAAAUAAUUCGCAAUAAUGAAUCCGUUUCUGUCGAUUAUCGGGAAGAAAAGGGCGAAUAAGUGAGCGUUGCGCUUCGUCAUUUUUCACACCGACGUUCUUCGAUACCCUCGAACCUUCUGCCUUCCGAUUUUUGUCUCCCACCCUUAUCCCUUUGCGAAGGAUCAACGGAUACGAGAGCGUUAUUUGUAGACGACUGUACGAUUGUAUAUUUGCAGGCAACGCGACGAAACGGUGGCGAAGGGUGCAAAAUUCGCUUCGCAGCGUCGUGAAAUUUCGGGAGAGAAAUUUAUCUUCUUUUCACUCUACCUCCUCGUUCCGCGUCGAUCUUUCCUCCCAUCUCAUUGCGCUUCGUCCUCUCUCCCUUUUCGCGAUCCAUUUUCUCGCCCUUUUUGUUUCGGCAUUCAUGUUGCACGUGUCCCGCAAGAUUCGGCAACGAAACUUUCCGUUCGCUUGGAAUUGCAUUCUUCAAAUUACGCUUUCAUCCUUUAUCUUCUUUUUUUUCUGGAUUCAUCGCCCGCCCAUUCAAUGUUUUUUAUUAGUAUAAUGUCGCUUCUGUUGUUUCUUGUAACUAGGAAGACUGUCACGUUGGCGGAAACGAUCGGCAUGUCCGAGGCGCGCGAAGCAAGACUGAGCUUUUCCGGUAAUAAGAAUAAUAAUAAUUUAUUCUUGCGUCCGUGUGUGUAUAUCCGUGUGCUGCGAGAGAUCUGCAAGAUCUCAGACGUGACGCCGAUUGGCUUUUGCCAGCGAAAGAGCGAGCCGGCCACUCGCUCGACGAGUUACCGUUUUUCUCUCGGGCGACGCAAUGCGACGUGCCAUUUAUCCAGCGUAGUAAUAAUAACGAGAGUAAUAACAUUAACGCUAACAAGUCACCGAGAAUGACAAUUAGAGCGGUUUUCUAGACUAACUAACUCUUAACUGCUGUCGCGACCGGCCGACUCCACUCCACGUGUCUGCGUGUAUGUGAUUAUCUGCGUGCGUGUGUAUGUGUGUGUGCGCGCGCGCGGGACUAGGUUUAAAUAAUCCUUAAACCAUAGACAUGCAAUACGAAAGUUCCUCGUUAGCGAGAUUAGAUGCCUUCGAGUCGCGAAUCUCACUUGAUGAUGAUCGACCGCUGCGAGUUUCGAUUCCGCGGAAGAAUUUCUCGCCCCCCCGGGGGGCGAGAAGGCGAGAAGGGUACGUGACAAUAAAAAAAGUUAUUAAGGUUGGGGGACGGGAGGGAGGGAUCAAGCGAAGGACAAAGUCGCGCAAACGGACGAAUGAAGGCAGCUAAUUUCCCUAUAAGGAUUCUACGUCUGUGAAACAUAGUGCCUUUAUAUAGCCGUUCACUGUUACAUUAAAUUAAACUAGAGCGUUUAGAGAGCGAGAGAGACAACUAGCGGUUACGUCGCGCGCGUAGGGGUAAAGGAUAUAUAGGAUAAGCGACCCUUCUUCUAAGCGCUUCAUCGCACAUGGGGACGGUUCUCUUGCCGCCCGCAUUUUGUUCAAGAAAAGAAAAGGAAGAAAAAGACGCUCCGUUCGUAUCUUACCUCCUCAAGUCGAGUUUGUCAAUCCUCUUUCUCUCCCUCCCCCUCCCCUUUCUUCUUUUUCGCCACUCUCGAACAAUCGUGUAUACCGGACGGACUGAAUUUUGAUAAAAAAACAAAAGAAAAAAAGAAAAAGACGAAGGAAAUUUUGAGCGAAUUUAAAAAACGAGUUCUCGAUUCCUGCCGUGUCUUGCGUUCUGAGGGUGCGUCUACAACCCCUUAGGACGUAACAAAUAAAGAAAUAGUGCCUUAACGUAAAUAUAUACACCGUGAGAUAUUUGUGUUUUUUUGAAGGUUUAAUAAUUUAAAUAGAGUCCGGGGGAUGCGUUUCGACACGGACAAUUUAGGUUUUCCCCGAUCACGCGGCCUUGAAUCGCGAUCUCGCGGCACCAAUAAAGCGCGUCGGGGCCUCACCUUUCCCUGGAGGGGGUGAAAGAAUUCACCGAUCAUCUUUCGGCGCGUUAAAGGGCGCGCGACCGUAUUGAAUCGGAAAAAUCGUCAUCGCGAUUCCAUCGGCGAAUUCCGCAGCUACUCAGAAUGACUAAAGAAACUUCUUGCGUCUUUCUAGUCACUUGCGUCGGAUCGUAGGCGAAAAAUUGCGGGGGACAAUUGCGAUUUGGGAAUUUGACCAAUGAAAACGUUGUCUAUUAUAUAUUUUGAUUGGUGAAAUUCCAGUCUUCAAAUCGUGAUGCACAGUCUGGUACGGGCUUAACGGCAGUAGUUCCGGAAUUCGUCGAUGCGCGAAUGCGAUGAUUGCUGUGUACCGAUUGCUUGGCGCGAUCUUGAUCUUCGACUCGGUAUCGACGAGCGGAGAGACAUUGUUAUUAAUUUACUACGAAAGAUUCACGAACAACGACUCACAUGCACGGAUGUAAAGGGGCCUUCCGAGAUCGGCGCGAUUUCUCGUUUUUACGAGUCGAGAUAUAUAUAUGCAACAAAAAAUAUAUAUAUACAUAUAUAGAGGUAUAUAUAUGUAUAUAUAUUAUACAUGUAACUGUGGGGUGCAGAAGGAGUGCACAACCAAGGAUGUGAAAAAAGAAAAUGAGAGAGAGAGAAAGAGAGACCGUUCUGUUUGUAUAUAGUAUACAUAUAAGGUUUGAACGCACGUGUGUGCGUGCAUGCGCACACGCAUACGAUUAUACAUACUAUGUAUAUAUUAUGUAUUGUGGCGUCGAUGCGGCGACGAUGAUAAUAAAUAAUAAUUAUAAUAAUAAUUAUAAUAACGAAUAAUAGUAAUGAGUAAUAAUAAUAAUAAUGAAGGAAGCAGAUUUAUCGAAGAUAAGUGCGAGAUAUAGCGUGUAACGAUAACGAUAUUACUAGAUAAACCUCCUGAGGAUUCACACAAUAUUAUUUUCAAUAUCAUUGUACUUGACUCCGAGGCGAGAAGUCCGACACGCGCUUUUAAGCUCGAUCGCGAACGAUCGCGUAGAUCGAGAAGAUCAUGAAAAAAUCCUCUCCACUCAUUUUUACGAGAAGAAAAAGAAACAAAUAUAUGAAAUU